ACUAUGCAAAGUUGGAGGAGGAACGGACAUGAACUGCAUGCUCUAUUUGUUGUUGGGACAAGGAUAGGGGGUGGGACAAGGAGCCUAUCUACACUGUAUGCUACGGAUUCGUGUACGCUACGAUCUACGUAAGGUUCAUGCUCCGACCGCUAAUCUCCAUGAGUCGCCGAAGCGCCCAAUUUACAACAAUUGUCACCCUUCCUUUGAAACCAUACAUCAAGCCCGCAAUGAGCUGCAUCCCGUUAUAUUGCUGCAGCAGCACAUUAAUCGUGGUCUCAAGCGCUAUGCACAUAUGACCGGACGCGAGGCCCCUAGCAAUCUCGAACUGAGAGCCAACAUUCAUAAACGCAUGCAUAUUUCGUCAACUUCACCGGGAUCCAGAAAACACGCGGUUAACAAACGUUACAAUCGGUACGCUGUCGGUCGUAUCAUUGAGCCUGUGACGACUCCGGUCAACAACGCCGCUACGAAGGGUCGUAAGGGCAAAAUUUCGAACAAGAAUGCUGCUGCAGGUACAGAUGCGGCCAAUGGUACCACAUCCAACGGCAGUGCUGGCUUUUCUGAGGUUGAUUCGGAGGCCGCUCUGAAGGGGAGUUUGACUCCCGCCGGAAAACCCACUGCCGACAAUUCCCUUGGACUCGAUAUCGAGGCUAAUGAUGUUGGUUACAUUGCAACUGUGCAAAUAGGAACUCCGCCUAGGGAUUUCAAGCUUCUUGUGGAUUUGAGUUCGGCUGAUCUCUGGGUUGGCGGAGAGGACUGUCAUUCUGAAGGCGGAGGCUGUGGCAACCACGUCUUCCUCGGUGCUGGCAGUUCAUCCAGCUUUGUUGACACGAAGCAGCAGUUCCAGGUAACCUAUGGUUCCGGAGCCGUGGCAGGAGAUAUUAUCACAGACGAUAUCAAUGUUGCUGGUCUUGACCUGAAGGCACACACGUUUGGUGUCGCAGCUGUUGAGAGUGUAGACUUCUCCAGCGAUCAAACUCCAUUCGAUGGUUUGAUGGGACUUGCCCAAUCUACACUGUCCCAGCAACAGGCCCUCACCCUCGUGGAAGCACUCGCAAAGAGCGGCCUCAUCGAGGAUGCCAUCACGUCGUACAAGAUCUCUCGACUAGCAGAUGGUAAGAACGAUGGUGAAAUCACUUUCGGCGGUCUCGAUGAGACCAAGUUCGAUGCCAACACGCUCAUUACCUUCGACAAUGUGAAUAGGGACGGAUUCUGGGAAGGUGGUAUGACGGUUUCGGUUAAUGGUCAGGAUCUCGAGCUCCAAGAUCGCACCGCCAUUUUCGACACUGGAAGCACUCUCAUCAUCGCACCCGAUGCCGACGCUACUGCCGUUCAUCAAGCCAUUCCAGGCGCCAAGUCAGACGGACAAGGCGGAUUCACCAUUCCCUGCAGUACAGCUGCAUCCGUUGCGCUUACGUUUGGUGGUCAAACGUUCGCCAUCAACCCUCAGGAUCUUGCCUUCGUUCCUGUGGAUCCUGAUGAUCCCACAGGUGACUGUUUGUCCGGUAUCGCGUCUGGUGAAAUCGGUGACGCUAAAGAGUGGCUGGUUGGCGAUGUCUUCUUAAAGAACGCCUACUUCUCCACGGAUGUGACCAAGAACCAAGUCUCGCUUGCCAAGCUUGUUUAAGGUCUCGCCCCUCUCACUGCAUCUUGGAGAGGCAAAUAGAGGAAUACCUGAACUUGACCUGAACCCCCUGGUGCCGUAACCACACGCACGCCAAAAACAGCGGAAUAAUUUUUAGUAGUUCUUUGCAUCCAUGUUAUUACCAAGUCAAAGAUGUUCGUACGCCGGAGGUUCAUCUUUCAGUCAUACCGCAAGAUGAAGAAAUGUGCGACGAUCUCGUCCACCGAAGCUUAUCAUCCGAACGUUAAUGAUGGGACAUUGGACUUUGUCCAGGAUGGAUAUUCAAUUCCCUCCCGCGUUGUGGAAUUGGACAACCUCGAAUUCACGGUGGAAAAUAUAGAAGAUUCCUCGGACAUGACUGGAGGCCGAUCUGCACUAAGAAUGGAUGAGAGUGACUGGAAGUUGCCAUGACGAUGGAGGGUAGCAUGAGUGAAUGUCUGAGUGGAAGGCGUAUGAGAACGACGAAGAAAGGCUUGGGGGUCUGUCCGCUAUCUCUCUGCUCACGACUCGGCGGCUCCUCUUAUGGUAAGAUCACUUGCUGACUCACCGGUUUGCAACAAUCUACAACUCCGUCAACUCUCGAUGAUACGGUUUAGCAAAUCUUGCAGACUCAAUGCAAUGCAUCUGUUUGAAGUCCGCUUUGCAUCUAAAAUUCGCCAUAAAUGCUACGGGAAGGCAUCCAGUGCUUUUAAGAUGGCUGCAGACCUCUAUAGCCAGAUUUGUUUCUACCGAAAUCUCUGGACGCGUUGCGAUUGAACAUCUCAAAUCGUGCUGACAAUGAGAAUAAUGAACGAGUAUUUUUGGG